UAAAAAUAUAUAGUAAUAUAUAGUUUUUGGCAGGUUUAUGGUGGUGCAUGAAGAAACUUCCAGGAAACAACAGUCUCCAUUCUCCAAGUUCAAUAUUACUAAAUCUCUCGUGACUAUUAUUUUUCUGUUGCGCUUGAAUCAUCCUCGUUUUCUCCACCACUGUUUGGCCCCAGUUGUAUAUAGUUCUUGAAUAAAAGGAAAGGAUUGUGUUCUGUUUAUUUGUUUUUUUUUUUGAGUUGUUGGUGGAGAGUAGGACUCUUUCAAGAUUGAAUCUUUUAUUUAUUUAUUUAUUGGGUUUUCCCUGAUUUUAUUUGGGCUAUAUUCGUUCAAGACUUCGCUUUUGAGUGUUCUCAGCUUUCGGGUUAAUUCAGGAGUGAAGAAUGGUGAUGAUGAAAUCCUUGGCUUGAUUAUUGGCGAUAGUUCUUGCAAAAACCACAGAUUUUUUCGAAGUUGUUUUAGGGUGGACUAAAUGCUGAUUUGAACUAUGAAAUUGGGGAUAUAAGUUGAAUAACAGGUGUUCAGAAAUUGGGUUUUUUAUUUUUAAAUAAAUAAGUCCAUACUGUAUUAUUAGAUCAAUUUAAUUUAGGAAGGUGAUGGAGCUCAGUCAUGUAAAUGGUGAGGGAGAGGUUACAGAAAGUGAAUUAUCUGAAAGAAAGAGUUUUAGGCAAAACCUAUUUCACGACUCACAUAACUCUGGUGUUGUGAGAAAAAAGGCCUACAUAUUUGAUGGGGAUGGGAAUUACUUCAACAAGGAAUGGGAUCUUGUUCAAGGUUCAGGCAAAGAAUUCUGUUGGUAUCAUGUGGAGCUUCCAAAAGGGAAUCAUAAACUGUCACAGUUGGCUCAGCAUCUCAUUGAUGCCCUAUCCCCGCCCCUAAAGCUCCAGGACAUACUCUCACUCGUUAGCAACGGGCCAUUUUGUGGGCACGUAGAUGGUGCUCUUGUAUUCAGAGUUAACUCGCCAGGCCCUGCAUCUAGCAAGUUUACAUUUAGGAUUGCAGCAAGAGUCACUGAGAAUUCAGUUAUAACGGUAUCAUUAGGGCGCGUUCCUAGAUUGGGCUUCUCUCCAGCAAAUCAAUCUUUGCUGUCAGAGAUUCCGAUCAUAGAAAGUUCAAGUAAUAGCAGUAAUGAACGUAGGGAUAGGGGAGGGAUUGUAAUAAGAGAACAUGUACUAGAUUUUCUGUUGACUAUGAAUCAUUCAGAGGAAGCUGAUAAUCCUGUGCCUAAGUCUGUCGCGAAUCUUGUGGUACACAUAAUCGAUACACACAUGGAUCACCUUCAGGAUGUCGUGACCAAGCUUGAGAUUGAGCUGGAUGCGGUUGAGUUAGAGCUGGACAGAGGUGGUUUUGCUAUGAAGAAGCAGAUGUUGGAUACCCGAAGAUUCCCAAAAAUGAAUCUCGACUUGCAGCGUCUAUUGCAGGUGAUUGCACACGGUGAACAAGUGUUUCCCCGAGUCAAGGAAAAGUGUUCGUCUAAAGAGUGGUUUGGCAGUGAAGAUAUCAACGCGUUAGAAGAGUUGAUUGGUCGCAUAAGGAGAUUAAAGGAGAAUGUUGGUUUUAUAGCCAACCGUGUCACUGCAAUUCAGGCUGGCCUCGACAGCUGGCAGUCGGAGCAAAUAAAUAGAAAGCUAUACUACCUCUCUUUCCUCUCCAUUAUAUUCCUGCCUCUAUCAAUCAUAACCGGAGUGUUCGGGAUGAAUGUGGGCGGAGUUCCUUGGACUGGACAACGAGACCCCGCCCUCAAGGAUGGGUUUCGUAAUGUGCUGAUGGUCUGUGCAGCCAUGCUUGUAAUUGUGCUCUUGUGCUUCCUUUUCCCGGCUUUGUACAGUCGUGCAACGGCCUGGCGAAGAAGGCAGACGAUGCAACGAAGUUGGUCCCUCAACCGGAGGUCCUUCAUUAGGAGAGCCGGUGUAGACGGAGAAAGAACAGAAAGAGGAGGAUACAUUCGACUUUAGGCUACAUGGUAAAUAUGUUCCAUCUUCUCUCUCUCGUUUGCAUUUCAUCCCACGUCUUGCUUUGGACAGAUUUGAUUGCUAAUUGACUUUUUAUAUACACACACUAAUUCUUGGUUUGCUAGGUGCACCCCAUUACUUGCAUUGAUUUUCUCUUUCGAGAGCUCGAUUUUCUUGUAUAGUUUUUUUUUUUUUUUUUAAUUGAGAUAGGAGGUGUAACAUGGUGUUUGUUUCAUUGUCUUUGGACGUUGAAUUUGACGAAACGAACAUGCGGCAGUUCAAUUGUUUUAUUUGCUAUAAUGUGUAAUUCUUUAUUUGAGAUAAGGGAAAAUAUCACUUUUAAUUUUCAA